AUGUCAUACUCACGUGCGCAACCUACACAAGCAGAAGUAACUUUUCGUAAAGAAAAAACAGUAUCACAUGAAGAUAUUAAAGAUUCAUCUCUAACAGAAAAUUUAGCUGACACUUACCAAAGUGUGACAUCUAAGAUCCGCGGAAUUGGUACGGCUGCCACUCGUGAUCCUGUUAUACAUCAAAAUAUUUCUACUACGUUCAAAGAAAUUAAUAUUGUGUUGUGUGGUUCACCUCGAGUUGGAAAGAGUACUCUGAUCAACGCCAUAUGCCAACAGACACUGGCUAAAACAAGUCCGGGACUUGAUGCCUGCACACACGGAAUCACGCGUUACUACCUUAAAGGUAACAUCGAAACGGACUCUGCGACAAUUAAUUAUGAAUAUAACUUUUGGGACACUCCGGGACUCGAAAGUUGGACUCAAGAGGAUAUUCGCAGACACUUAGAAAAUAUUUUAAAGAAGCCUAAAUCCGAUAUACUAUGCAUGAUUUACUGUGCAUCGCCAGGUUCUUUCGCAAACCUUGAAAAACUAAAUUGGCUACUAAAAGAGUGUAUGAAUAAACAAAUAUUUUGUGCUCUUGUGUGUACAAACAAAUAUUGUGGGCAAGCAACACAACGAAAUGGUGUCAUGCAAGAUUUUCAACGAUUACUGGAGCAUUACCACGCCAAAACUCGAGAAGAAAAUGGUGUUAUAUACUUUGGAAAUAUGGGACUGUGCACAGCGGUAAAUAGCCAGAAAUUUGUUGAUGAAGAUACAGGCAGAAUGUUCGAGGAAUCCGGUGUUGAUGAACUUAUUUUGGGUAUUAUGGAAUCACUCGACGAUGAAAAAGUGGCUCAGUGGUGCAUGGUAGCCUUUGAGAACAAAUCAUUUUGGAAAAAUGUAUUUAAAUUUCCAGCACAAUUGAAAGCGUUCUGGAACAGAAUGACUGGCAGGACAUGA